CUCUGCUGUGAAGUUAUGAGUAGUGACCGCACCUGCUCUCGUGAUAUGCUGCACUGCACUCAGAGCAGGAGGCAGGGUUGACAGGAUGAAGUGAAUCGAUGGAUAAGAUUCAAUGCACAAGACGAGCUCACAGAAGCCAGUGUGUGACAGCAGCCAAUGUUUAACCUCUCUGGACCAUCGAUUCAGCGACGAGAUUGAUAAGCUGGCAGUCUAUAAAACCAAGUCGAUUCUCUGCAUGGCCAUCCACAAUAGUGAUGGAGAAGUAACUGGAGUGGUACAGGCAAUCAACAAGAAUCCAAAUGGAGCUCCUUUUACUGAAGAUGAUGAAAAAGGUCACAAUAUUUUUGAUAAUCUUUGCUCCAAAGAAUAUAGCAGCAUGAUGCAGUUACUUAAACAAGCCAUCUUGUCCACUGACCUCACCUUGUAUUUUCAGUGUGCUGGCUGGUGAAUACAGGUGAAAUAAUGAUCUCAGGUAAACCUUUGGUCAUGUUUAUUUCAUGCAUGUUCACACACGACCCUGGGAAAUCUCAAAACAG